AUGUCGGGCUACCGCCCGAUCAGCAGCAAGACGCCGGGACUCCCUGCUGUGCAUUCACGAGAGCCAGAGUUACGGCCACGCAAGAAUGUAUCCUUUGCUUGCCAAGGCUGUAAAGAAGCUCGACGAAAGUGCAGCGGCAAACACCCGUGCGAAAGAUGCGAGGAAAAAGGCCACGAAUGUGUCUUCGAUCAAGAAAAUGACGGUCGGCAUAAAGCCAAGCUGAGACUCAAGAUACAAGAACAUGAAAACGACAGCAGGCUUCUUCAUGCCCUGCUUCAUACGCUCCGUGCCAGCUCAGAUUCGGUUGUCGAGGAAACUUUGUCGUUCAUUCGAGGCAAUGGAUCGCUGGAUGCAUUGAGGCAGUAUCUGCAGCAGAGGAACCAUUUAGACCGAUCUGAUCAGGCAUCGACGUCUGACAAUGGCAACACGCCCAGCCAGCCUGAGACUACUCCACCAACGGAAAACGAGCCUUCCGAAAAUGGUCCAUCAAAGAACAACACACGACGUAGAGUGCUGGAUGUGGCCGAUCUGCUGGACCAGUAGCCGAGCGAGUCACCAGCUUCGAAAGUACCCGCCUUGAUAAGGUCACUGCCAGCUCCCUGACCUCAGUCGAAUCUGAGCAUCGCGUUUGUCGAAUGCAAGCUCUGCAAAAGAUGCUCUCAGUAUGAAACGCAUGCCGAACCGUUCACGGCGUAUGGUUAAUUCGAUUGCUGACAAGUGCUUGGGCCCAAAACAUUCCGAACACACUCCCCGGGAGGUGCACCAUCCUCCAGUAAGCGGAGGCACAAGCAGCUCGUAG